GCAGCGACCACGGCCCUGAGCUGGGCGCUAUGUUAUUCAGUCCUGUGUCUGAGGAAGCAAGUUUUCUGGUGUAGAAGUCAUGUGAACUGAAUUGUGUAAGACCCAGCCUUAUAAAGCAACGGAUAUCUUCCAUUUGUUGAGACUGCCACAGCAACAAUGGAGCUGAGCACCCAGUCACCGCACCGCAUUGUACACGGAAUGAAUGGUUCACCUAAAAUGACUGUCCCUUUUUAUGCACCACCACUGCAUUGCAAGAAGACAAGUGCAGAAAUUAUUAAUGAAGCACGUGCAGCUGUACUGAAGAAUACUGGAGAUGUUCUGAACAGUGCUGGUGGCCCAGGAGUGAGUUCUGUGAGACCAAUUGACACCAAAAGGCCAUUUACACCACGGGAGAGGCAACGAACUCUGUAUGGUUCCUCUCCAUUGAACAGUGCUCAGAGACCACCCAGUUCAUUCAGUUUAGGUUAUCUACAGUUCCAAGAAUUGGAACCUGGAAGUAAGAUCCCACCAAAUGCUCGACGUCUGAAUCCCAUAUCACUCAGUGCAGUAGCAACACCUGCAAAUGAGAUAGAAGAUGCAGUACAGCCUCAUAAAGUACCUUCUGGGGAAGGACUGAAGCGCAUCAAAUUGCCUUCAAUUAACAUAAGCCGAAGGAAGCAGUUUAGGAAUACUAUAUCACUUGACAAUUUACCUGAGGAGUUAGAAGUAGAAGAUUCCUCUGAAGCAGAGUCAAUCCCUGAGCGGAAAGUACGUAGCAGCCCUGUACAACGUGUAAGACCACCACAGGACCAACAGUCAUCUGACUCCCCCGCUGUUGCAUCACCAUUGCCAAGUAAACGAACUCUGCCAGAUGACACUGUGAAAGUUCAAGCUACUGUGGAUACUUGGCAUGAUGUUGGUAGCAAGAAACCAAAACGUUCUGAUGACGAGAUUACUGACAAGGAACUCCAGACACCUGUCACUCAACAUCUUAGGGGGAAGGAAGAGUUGGAAGAAACAGUAUUUGGAGAUUCAAAAAAAGAAACAGCUGUGUCUGAUGUGAAUAAAAAUAAAACAGUAAAUACCAUUAGUGGCAGUGAUACAAAUAACAGUAGUGGUAUUCCUGUUCCUACAUCUCCUAUCAAAACAGACUCAAUUAGUGUUGUGAAAUGUGAAGUGGAAGAAAAAGUUGUGACUUCAGGAAUCCCUGUUACAAAGCCAGCAACCUGGAAACCACCCAACUACAAAUCUGCUAGGCCAUUCAGUGUACAUUCAGGCAAAAAGUCUAAGGCAAUUGAAGAUCCUAUCCUUGAUCCAAUCUACAAGGCCCUUAAGGAGAAUCUGCCUCCUGAACGUAAUGCUGUCAGUGCUGCAGUGGAAACGCUCAUCCUUCUUGCCAAGCAAGAUGACAAUGAUGCUGAAGUAAUAAGUGUUAUGUCAAAGUUGUACAAUACUUUGGAAAAAGGAAAGAACACAGGAUCCAGUGGUCUUAGUGGAAAACUGAAGUCUCAGAUUUUGAAAGCCUUGUACAGGUAUAUUGAAAGACCCAAUGAGAUGCUGCUACUGCAGAUUGCGAGAGUUAUACUUGCUUUGCGAGUAACAGGUGCCAACUUAUCAGGAGUAUGUAAACUAAUCUUUAAAGUUUCACGCAGUGACAAGAAUGACGAGCUAUUCUUGGAAGACAAUAUCCUUGAGUUAUUUGUCAAUGCACUGGGUUCAGCCAGUCCACUUGAGGAUGCUGAAGCCUGUAUUUAUGGAUAUGGUGCCUUAAAGUUUUUAACAAUGAAUCCAACACUUCUGUCAAGAGUUCUGAACCUUGGUGCAUUGGAGCUAAUGGUGCUGCAUAUAAAGAUGAUUAAUUCUGCAAAAUCUGAUAGCUCUCGACUACCAGAACAGACAAGCCAUGCCCUGUUCCAGCUAACAGGUGCUCUUCGCAAUGUAGCCGGAGAAGAAACGAUGUUUCCCCAGUUUGUUUCAACAGGUGCCAUUAAUGCUUUGUGCAAGGUCAUGGACCUGUUCUCUUCAGAUUUAGAUGUUAUUAGCAAUGCUUCUCGUACUCUCAGCAUAAUAUCAACACAUGAUGAGUGCUGUGACGCAGUUAUUGCUUAUGAUGGUUGCUUUGGAUUAUUUGUAAAACUAAUGAAAAAAUACCCUGGUAGACAAGACAUAGUGGUUCGCUUGGGAUAUGCUCUUGGAAACCUGAUGGCUCGAAGUGAUACUGCAAGGACAAAGCUAUAUGUGGAGGAAGGAGCAAUAAGUGCCUUACUGGAGCUGUUGUCACUCUAUCUUGAAAAAGAUCUUUAUAUGGAUAACAGCACAGCCACUGGAACUGUCUCAAAUUCAGAUAUAAGAGGUUCCACAGGUUCUGUACAGGAUGUUAUUGUCAAGGUCAUCAGAAUAUUAGCCAACAUGAGUAUUAAUCCCACUGUCGGCAGUAAAUUUGCAUGUGUUGAUGGAAGCAGUAAUGAAGAUGACACCUACAAGGAUGGUGCCAGAUUCUUGGACAUGUUGUUAUCAGUAUUGGAGCGCAAAUCUGCAGCUUGUGGUGAGGACAGUGAGCUAUUGCACAGUGUUCUAAGCACACUUAAUAACAUUUCUUACUAUCAGACUGCUUCUUUUGGAGCUAAGGAAAGACAUGUUGCUUGUGCUCUUCUGGAAGUUUUGUCUUCUAACAACAGGGAAUGCCUUAUUGAAGCAAUGAGGGUGUAUGGAAACCUGACACGUUCUGAAACAUCCAGAAAUAUUCUCCUGGAAAAUACAGGACUGUUGUGCUUCCUGCAUAACCUGGAUUCAGAUGACCGGGAGCUUCUUUGUGCAACUGUUGGUGUUCUUAUCAACAUGAUGUCAGAUUGGGACAAACGCCUCGCUCUGAGGCAACUUGGUGGUAUUCGCAGAUUGAUAACUAUACUUUCAAAGUAUGGUGAAAGUGACUGGCAGCUGGCAACAUUUGUGUGCCAGGCAUUAUGGAACUUCUGUACAGAAUCAAGUGAUGUGCAUGCUGCACUUGGCCACGAGGAAACAUCUGACCUGCUUAAAAUCCUUGCUGACUUUCUAGAUGAAGAGCGUCUCUUUGGUGUUGUUGAAGGAACAGAGACUGCAGAAGCAGUGGCUGAAUCACUGAGCUACCAGCAGUGGGAAGAAUUUGCUGGAGUUGCCACAAAUUUGUUGGAAAAAAUAGAGACUUAUCUAGAUUCCUUAGAAAAUUCACUUACUGAUGACAGCAACAGUAGCUCUGAGAGGUAUGAAAUCCUUGAACCCGAACAGCAUAUAAUCUCAACUGUGUAGAUGGCAGCUAAUAAAUAAUUGAAACAAAGUGUUUGUAAAAUGAUUCCCAGGCAAAAAAAUACUAUUAAACUGUGUGUUUAAAAAUGGAGAUUGGUAAGUUCCAUUCUAUAAUAUUUUAAAAGAAUUUCAUCAUUCUGAAAACAAAGUUUUUGCUGGAAUGAAAAACCAUUUCUUUGAUUUGCAGUUUGAAAACUAAAAUAUCUGUACUGUAGCUAUGCAAAUAAUUAUGCACAAAGCAGAACUCUAUUUUUAUCAAGCAAACUAAGUUCCUGUACAUUAUGGCUUGCACAAAGCUCAAAAGUAAAUACCUAAAUGUAAAGCUCACAACUUAAGUAGAUUUUUCAUUGCUGAUGUUCUAGGUGUUGGUAACAAAGCGAUAAUGUUAGAGGUGAUUAAUCAGUGUUUGUAGAUAAUACAUAAAAAACUAAUCAGAAAAAAACCUUUAUAGUUAAUGUUACUGUUUUUAAGAUUCAUUUGUCAAAAUACUUUCAUUUUGUUUUAGCAUGGCUAUGAAACAGAUGAGUGGCAAAAUGUGGACUGUAUCGAGACUAAAAUCAUUUCAUUUUCGAAAUAUUUGGAAGUUUCAUCCCAUAUAUGUUGUCUGAAAUUAUAUCUGGAUUCUUGAUUUCUUAUAAAACUUCUGUUAACAUAUUAUAUAAUGUCAGAGUGGCAUGGCUUGGUGUUUCCAAAUGAGAUUACAUAUAAUCAAAAUCUUAUGUGGUUUAAACAGUGUAUAUUUUUGAGAUGGAAAGUGUAGCAAAUCGUGGCAAAACAAGUAGAAAAAUAUAAAGCAGCUUUUAUGGUAUCAGGUGUUCGUGAACCUCCAAGCUUGUUUGAAUCUUGGAUUGUCAGUUUAAAAUAAUGAAUGCACAAGUCUUUUGUCAGAAACAAAAUUGUUAUUCCAUAGCUCAGAAUAUAAUAAUCAUGCAAUUGGUCUGUUCAAUGGUUUCAUUUACAUUAAAAUUGUAACCUACAUAAAGAAAAAACUUGAUUUGCCCAAUUUUUAUACAAUCCAACUGGAAUGAGUUCAUGUCUUUUCUCUGAAUUAAAAUAAUUUUAAAGUUACUUGUGAAUGCACAAUAUUAUUUAAUGAGAUUAGUUGUUUCCAUGUAUUUUCUUGUAGCAAAAAGCAUAUUUCGUUAUUUUUCUUAAGAAAUGUGAAGCAGAGGCACUUACAGAUAAUUGCCAUAAAUCACAAUUAUCUGUAAGUGACUACUGAUUAAAAAAUUUUGUGCCAUAUUUAUCAAUCUGCAUAGAUAAUUUUAUGAAAUUGUUGAAAAUCUUGAAAUAAUUGUGACCACAGUGUUUAUGUAACAAAAUGAGAUGUAAUUUUAGAUGUCAUCUGGGACUGUUCUAAAUACACAAAUAGAAAAAAGGUUCUUAAAAUUAUGCAAAACUAUAAUUUCAGACUUACAGAAAUAAUACUUUCAAAGAUACUUUUGAGAAAGAGUGGUUUGUAUUUGUAGAACUGCAUAUUGUUGUAAAGUGUUACUGAUUAGUUUUUGCUGUUGACACUUUUACUGAGUGGUGUUGUAGAUAAUGAGAUCUGAUUGAAAAAUUCACAUCAUAACUUCAAAAAAAAUGAUUAGCUCAUGUUAAAGCCCUUAUGACAGUUACAGAAGUUCCGUCCAUGGAGAAUGCAUGUUCUUUGGUAACUGAUGUUAUGAUGGGAAAUUAUUAGGCUCAAUUUGGGACCACAAUCUACAAAAUCUGACAUUCAACAGCAGUAUUUGCUCAUAGUAUGUUUUGUAUAUUUUGCAUUUUUUAAUUUUUUAAAAGGUGUUCUGUAGGUCUGUAGGCAUUCUGUAUUUACAUCUUCUACAGAAGUUUGAGGUUUUAUUUUCAUUGUACUAUAAAUGCUGUUAUAUUAAGUAAUAAUGCUUCUUUAAAAUGCAAGAAAAUUCAGUGUUGUAUUUACAAUAAA